GGGAAGGGAGGGAAGGGAAUCGAUCAGGUUAACGUGUCGUCGUGUGACGUUUGAGUCUACAUUCUUUGGAAAGCUUUAACAUUCAUUACUUUUUGUGUUUCAUAUUUGAUUCUAACGUUGUUAUGUGUUUUGAGUCUUCUGGAUCUGCGGGAUAAACUUUGGUGGUGAGAUGUCUAUAAUCAGUUCUGCGAAGAGGAGCAGCCUCUCCAAUGGCAGUAGUCGUGAGAAGUCUCGGCGUUCUGUAAGGUUCCACCUCAACUACAACCUCCAGUCGGUGCUGGCCGACUUCGAGAGUCAGAAGGAGCAGCUACGUUACAAGGAAUUGGUGUGUAAUAUCAGAGACGCGGGCCUGGAAAUUCGGGAUGACGAUCUUCUUCAAAUCCUCACUGAAGCCAGGGGUUGUAUCAACAUCUUGGAACAGUCUCACUACCUUCUUGUCCAGGUCUUACUGAUGGUGAAGUGGGCACAUCGCAGUGCAGAGAUAGCGAAAGCCUAUCACGAGUUUGUGCUGGACCUGUGUUCGGCUCACAACUAUCACACCAAGUUUGUAAAAACUAGCAGGGAGAUUUGUGAAUAUACUAUUCUAAUGUUAUUGUAUUUCAGAUGGAAGUGGGCACAUCGCAGUGCAGAGAUAGCGAAAGCCUAUCACGAGUUUGUGCUGGACCUGUGUUCGGCUCACAACUAUCACACCAAGUUUGCCAUAGAACAGCUUGUGUCCAACUUCAAGCCUGUGGGAGAACACAAAGAAUGGGAGAAAGGGCAACCCUGCGAAGAGGAAGAGGUCUGCUACCAGAGGGUACAUGCAGUUAUCAAAGGCCUUCUACAAGUAAUACCAAUGAGUAUAGAAAUGCUUGUAUUCAGUGUCACGUCAAACUUUCCGUACACACGCAGCAAGAACAGCUCGGACAAUGUGGCUUACAUCAGCAACGUGCUCAGGAUACUGGACUACAAACCUGAACUCAGGCUGAAUUUGCUCACUCUAAUCAGCAUAAUGGUGAUGAUGUGUUGCAUGUUGUUACAGGAGUAUAGAAAUGCUUGUAUUCAGUGUCACGUCAAACUUUCCGUACACACGCAGCAAGAACAGCUCGGACAAUGUGGCUUACAUCAGCAACGUGCUCAGGAUACUGGACUACAAACCUGGAGUAUAGAAAUGCUUGUAUUCAGUGUCACGUCAAACUUUCCGUACACACGCAGCAAGAACAGCUCGGACAAUGUGGCUUACAUCAGCAACGUGCUCAGGAUACUGGACUACAAACCUGAACUCAGGAGUAUAGAAAUGCUUGUAUUCAGUGUCACGUCAAACUUUCCGUACACACGCAGCAAGAACAGCUCGGACAAUGUGGCUUACAUCAGCAACGUGCUCAGGAUACUGGACUACAAACCUGAACUCAGGAGUAUAGAAAUGCUUGUAUUCAGUGUCACGUCAAACUUUCCGUACACUCGCAGCAAGAACAGCUCGGACAAUGUGGCUUACAUCAGCAACGUGCUCAGGAUACUGGACUACAAACCUGAACUCAGGAGUAUAGAAAUGCUUGUAUUCAGUGUCACGUCAAACUUUCCGUACACUCGCAGCAAGAACAGCUCGGACAAUGUGGCUUACAUCAGCAACGUGCUCAGGAUACUGGACUACAAACCUGAACUCAGGAGUAUAGAAAUGCUUGUAUUCAGUGUCACGUCAAACUUUCCGUACACUCGCAGCAAGAACAGCUCGGACAAUGUGGCUUACAUCAGCAACGUGCUCAGGAUACUGGACUACAAACCUGAACUCAGGCUGAAUUUGCUCACUCUAAUCAGCAUAAUGUGUUGUUACAGGAGUAUAGAAAUGCUUGUAUUCAGUGUCACGUCAAACUUUCCGUACACACGCAGCAAGAACAGCUCGGACAAUGUGGCUUACAUCAGCAACGUGCUCAGGAUACUGGACUACAAACCUGAACUCAGGCUGAAUUUUCUCACUUUAAUCUUUAAAAAACUACUGGCGUUGGACGUGAAUGCGCCGCGAUCAGAACUAGAGGUGGAAGAGUCCGAGGACGCCGAGAUGUUUUCCAUGGAGGAACCCGGUCAUCCGGUGGCCAACUCCCUGGACCUCAGUAUGGAAGUGAUGUUCCGGUUCGUCCACUCCCAGUGUCACAACAACGGAGUGCUGUGCUGGCAGCGCACCAAGUCCAUGUACCGGGACAUGAAGGAGGUGUUCGACAAAGUGAUGUUGCCCACGCACGCCUCGCAUCACGUGCAGUUCCUCUACUUCUACAUGUUGAGCUUCAAGAACAACCUGGUGUUCUGGUUCCUGCAGCACUUGUGGAGUAAAGUCAUAGACCCCAACGUGUUUCUCGUCAUACGACAAGCUGCCAUCGGCUACAUCGCCAGCCUCUUGUCCAGGGCCAAGUACAUCCCUCUCAGUGCGGUGAAGGACAUGCUGAGUCAGCUGAGUGCCUGGAUACACGGAUACAUCAGCAACAGUGACACCCAGACACCCACGUGUAACCCUCGAGCUCACGCCGUCUUCUACUCAGCAUGCCAGGCUCUCUUCUACCUCAUAGCUUUCCGACACAAGGAGAUAGUCCUCAACAGUCCUAAAGGCCUGGUGUUCCUGCAAGGUCUGAACCUGGCGAAGGUGGUGACUUGUCAACUCAACCCACUGAGGGUAUGUUUGCCGGCCGUCACACAGAACUUUGCUUCUGUCGCCCGUCACUACCAGCUGGCCUACUGCUACUCGGUGAUAGAGCACAACCGUCGCAACACUAUUCCGCUAGUCUACCGUGACUCUACCGGAGCUGUGAUUACCACCCAACAAGUUUACCUGGACUCGUUCUUCCCCUUCGACCCCUAUCUACUAACAAGAACAAAGAAGUACAUAAAAGAUUUCUACAGAGAAUAUGAAAACUGGCUGCCAGACGAGGAGAAAGGUGGACAGGUGAGGGGUGGUGAGGGGGAGGAGGAGGAUGACUUCAUCAUGGAACACUCACCGUCCACGAACGCCAUGUUUACGUACGGUAGUUCGCCUGGAUUCUUACAGACUUGAUUGUGAUAUAGGCCUAUUUAUUUGUUAAUUGUUUCAUUAUAAUUGAAAUAAAUCGAAAAGAGAAUUGUUA